AUGGCGCAACAGUCGCAUAGCCGCACCACACGCAUGUGGAUUAGCGAUCAUGAAUUAGCGAUACAUCAAGCACCAAACAAGACCAGCCGCGUUCCCGGAACCGAUUGCGCCGUGGCUCCUCUAAAAUUGCGCAAAGAGAGAAAGGUCGACGAGACGAAUGUGGACAAGACGAGGCUACAAACCCCUUCUUCCGGCACAGACUCUGCACUACCACUGCAGGCAGGAAGCCCAUGGAGGCGGUACAAGGCGAUACUAUCCCUAUUAGACAUGGGCGACAAAGUCAUCGUGGCGAGCGAGCGCGCGGCCCCAAUGAGUCGCGUUGGCGUGAGGCGGUUCCCCCGCGGCAACCAGGAUACUGAGACGCUAUCCCGGUUGCGUGAGGUGCGGCAUGCCAACAUUGUUGCUGCGCUUGAGGCAUUCCAAGGCCAAAAGAUACUCUAUAUCGUCUUUGAGGAUAUGCAUAUGCCCCUUGAUCACGUAAUACGGUGCCCGCGCCGACGGACCAGCGACGAGGUAGGGACGAUCGUAGGGCAGAUCCUAGACGGACUCGAUUAUCUCGACUCCCAUCGUUGGUGUCAUAGUCGUCUGAGCUGUGAGACGAUCCUCGUUCAGAUGGCGGGCGACGUUAAAAUCGGCAUGCAGGAGCUCUGCCGUGCUGCUAGCUCGAAGGAGCAGCAACAGAAUCUCACGGACAUUGGCACAAUCACCAUGAAGCUCAUGCAAGGGUACGCGUUAGAGGAGGGAAAGGUGGGCGUGGAGGACCUCAGCGAUUGGCAGGAGUCGAGCAUCCUUGACUUUCUAUCGGCUAUCACCUCAUCGGAUAGGGCUGGUCGACUGCGCAAGAACAUUUUCCUUGUACAGAUAUGGGAGAAGGAUUCUCGGUGGCCGAAAGAGAUCCUCUGCGAUCUCUUCCACACGGCUCAGCUGUCCGUGCGGAGGUACUACCACUACAAGCCGUAA